GUUCCCGGCACCGCCCUGUCCCGGCUUCCCUUGCGGGUAAACAGACAUGGCUGAUGAGGAAGACCCUCAGGAGGCUGCGCACAACAUGGGCAACCACCUGCCGCUCCUGCCCGGAACUUUAGGAGUAUUAAUUUUGGAGUAUUAAUUUGUCCACCGGGAAUAGCAUGGGUUGAAGGAGGAAGAGACAGAGGGAGUGCACAUUGUGUAUGAGACACCUUUUCUGUAAAAAUAAACCAUGAUCAGAGUCGCUGGUUGUUGCUGAAGCCAUCCUAGCUGAAAUGAUAUAAAGCAGAGAGUGAAGAAGAUGACGAAAUGGAAGUUGAAGACCAGGAUAGCAAAGAAACCAAAAAACCAAACAUCAUAAAUUUUGACACGAGUCUGCCAACCUCACAUACAUACCUGGGUGCUGACAUGGAAGAGUUUCAUGGUCGGACUCUGCAUGAUGAUGACAGCUGUCAGGUGAUUCCAGUUCUGCCCCAGGUGAUGAUGAUCCUGAUUCCGGGGCAGACUCUACCUCUACGGCUUUUUAGCCCUCAAGAAGUCAGUAUGGUGCGGAACUUAAUUCAGAAAGAUAGAACUUUUGCUGUUCUUGCAUACAGUAAUAUACAGGAAAGGGAAGCACAGUUUGGAACAACAGCUGAGAUAUAUGCAUACAGAGAAGAACAAGACUUUGGAAUUGAAAUAGUAAAAGUGAAAGCAAUUGGAAGACAAAGGUUCAAAGUCCUUGAGCUAAGAACACAGUCAGAUGGAAUCCAGCAAGCUAAAGUGCAGAUUCUUCCUGAAUGUGUAUUGCCUUCAACUAUGUCUGCAGUUCAGUUAGAAUCCCUCAAUAAGUGCCAGAUAUUUCCUUCAAAACCUGUCUCAUGGGAAGACCAGUAUUCAUGUAAAUGGUGGCAGAAAUACCAGAAGAGAAAGUUUCACUGUGCAAAUCUGACUUCAUGGCCUCGCUGGCUAUAUUCGUUAUAUGAUGCCGAAACUUUAAUGGAUAGAAUUAAGAAACAGCUACGUGAAUGGGAUGAAAAUCUAAAAGAUGAUUCUCUUCCUUCAAAUCCAAUAGAUUUUUCUUACAGAGUAGCUGCUUGCCUUCCUAUUGAUGAUGUUUUAAGAAUUCAACUACUUAAAAUUGGCAGUGCUAUUCAACGACUUCGCUGUGAAUUAGACAUUAUGAAUAAAUGUACUUCCCUUUGCUGUAAACAAUGUCAAGAAACAGAAAUAACAACCAAAAGUGAAAUAUUCAGUUUAUCCUUAUGCGGGCCAAUGGCUGCUUAUGUGAACCCUCAUGGGUAUGUGCAUGAGACGCUGACUGUGUAUAAAGCCUGCAACUUGAAUCUGACAAGCCGGCCUUCUACAGAGCACAGCUGGUUUCCUGGGUACGCCUGGACAGUUGCCCAGUGUAGGAUCUGUGCAAGUCAUAUUGGAUGGAAAUUUACAGCCACCAAGAAAGACAUGUCACCUCAGAAAUUCUGGGGUUUAACUCGAUCUGCUCUGUUACCCACAAUUCCAGACACUGACGAUGAAAUAAGUCCAGAUAAAGUAAUACUUUGCUUGUAAAUGGGUAUAGUAGGGAUAAAGUUAUCUAACUUUUAUCAUACCUGAGAAUACCUAGCUGGUAUUCUCAGAUCAAAUCUGCUUUAGAAAUUACUGCCUCUGAUACAUAUGUAAGUAAACAGCAGCAUUUACAUGGACGAUUAUGGUUUCUUAGUCCAGCUGUAUUUGAAGAUUUUAAGUUCCAGUACAGUACCCUUUCAGAGAAGCUAAAAACCAAUUCUAGAUUUCACAUUGGGUUUAAGAUAUAUCUACUGUGGUAGCUUGGAGCUGUGGCUCUACAGAAUGUGCUGUGUCUGUGAUGUGACUGCUCAGUGCAGUCAUCUGAUUCUCUGUGGGAGAAUAUACUUCCCCCAAUACUGUCAGUAGUGAAAGUCCCAAAAGCGGAGGAGCUGAGCAUAAGUAUGUGAGAGGCAAGACUGUAUAUUAUUUUAAAAUGACUCUGUGGGGUUUUGUUGUUGUUAUCUUUAGCUUCUCUGACAGUGAUUUGUAAAUUUUCAAAAUAUUAAAAAGUAAAUUAUGCAGUUGGAGCACAUAAA